AUGGCCUCUUCCACCAACAUCCCCGCCUACAAGACCGCCUUCCUGGAGGCCUGUACUUCCGCCGAGGCCCUUACGUUCGGCACAUACACCCUCAAGUCCAAGCGCAUCUCGCCCUACUUUUUCAAUGCCGGCCUAUUCCACCGUGCCGACCUAACUCGCGCCAUUUCCCGGGCGUUCGCAAACACAAUUGCCGCUUACUCCGCCGAGCACUCCGACUUUCAAUUCGACGUUCUGUUCGGCCCGGCCUACAAGGGCAUCCCCCUCGCCGCCACCACCGUGGACAAGCUCGCCGAAGUGGAUUUGAACAAGUUCGGGAGCAUCAGCUACAGCUUCAACCGGAAGGAGGCCAAGGACCAUGGCGAGGGUGGCAACAUUGUCGGUGCUCAGUUGAAGGGAAAGAAGGUUGUCAUUGUCGACGAUGUCAUCACCGCCGGCACCGCCAUCCGCGAGGCCAUCGACAUCAUCAAGAAGGAGGGCGGCGAGCUCGUGGGUAUCGUGGUUGCCGUCGACAGACAAGAAAAGACUCCCAGUGAGAAUGACGAUGACGGCAAGCCCAGGCCUAGCGCCAUUGGUGAGGUCAGGAAGCAAUACGGCAUCCCGGUCUUGUCCAUCCUGACCCUCGACGACAUCAUCGACUACCUGAAGAGCAGAGGUACCGAGGAGGAAAUCAAGAAGGUUCUGGAAUACAGAGAAAGGUACAGGGCGAGCGAUUAA